AUGAAGCCAACCAUGACGAAAGCCAGCAGCAUGAGUGAGGAGCCAGUGCAGGCCAGGGAUGUAGGUGGCAUCCAAAGUGGAUCCUGUACACCUUGCAUUUUCUGGGUCUCAGCUCGUGGUUGCGCCAGGGCGAACUGUGAUUUUGCCCAUCUUCGACAUCAUCCGAAGCCGGAAGACUAUGUGCGCCCAAGGAGGGCCAAGCGCGAUGCAAUGAAGCAGACAAUUUUUGAGCACUUCCUAGUGCCAGAUGAAGAUGACAGGCACAGGCUCUUGCAGGAGGAGGCGGCAAAACAUCCUUUCGCCCGCAAUUUCGUCAAAGGGCUCUUGGACAACCUUGCCUUCAAUGUCCGAACAGUGGGUCAAGAUGUUGUUGUGUCCCUGUAG